UGGAGCAGAUUUAGGGAGCCUCUUUUUUGUAUGUUAUGAACUUUGCUUCAGAUUCCAGGACUGUGGGAUAUUUUAUUCCGUAGAUUGUUCCAAUCACCUCGCUCAAUGUUCGCCACAGCGAGAUUGCUCCCUUGUUAUUACGGCAGUGGUGAUCGACCUCGUUUCUCUCUGCUAGGACAUUUGUGAACCUGGUAAGGUUGAGUGCGAAGUCGUUUCGUUCGCACUGUAGUUGUUUGCAGUAAAUAGUUUUUAGCGUGGCAAAUUUCAGUUAGGUGGAGCUGCAGCAGUUUACACUGCAAAGGAGCAUUGCUUGUCUGCAACGAGCAAGAAUCCUCGGAAGCUUGAGUUUACCGCUUCGGGUGCGUUAUUAAUGGAUGACGUCUGGCCCGCGUCACGCUUUUUCAGCGACGGUUGCAGUUCUCUGUACGAGAGGUCUGUGUUUGAGGGUCCAACUCUGAGGCACUUUCAGCAACAGCAACAGCAGAAGCAGGAGCAGCAACAGCAGUCACUGCAGCAGGUGUUGGAAAUGCUGCAGAAUACAAACCAGCCAUAUCAGCCUCUAGCUCAGCCGCAGCAGCUCCAUCACCAUCACCAGCAUCAGCAACAGCAGCAACACAUGUUCCUUGCUGAUCAUUCACAUGAUUUACCUGACAGCAGGUUUUCCUCACAUUCCCUCCCUGAGGAGUCCGGAUCCAAAAUUUCCCACAUGCUACCCGCAUCAUCGGAAAUGUCGACGUUCCCUUUGGCCCAGUCCCGGCAGAUAAUGCCCGGCUUAGAACCCUCCGGAUUAAAUUCUUCAGGCAGGCUCGAUAACUCUGGACGAUUCUCUUCGUCUGUAGGCUACGAUCCUUCUGACAGGCUUGAAUCGUCUGACAGGUUUGAGUUGACAUCUGCCGUCGAACAUGACAUUGCUGGGUUCGACUGCGCCGUGGAACAUAACAUCGCUGGAUUCGAUUCCUUUGAGAGAUCGACGGGACCAUCCGAGAAUGCUCUUCCGGCUUUACAGGGGUCUCAUGAGGCUAUUCUGCCUGACACUGGACACUUAAUGAUGGUGGACAUCCAAGAUUUCUGCUGGGUGAACGAGAAUUAUUGUGUCAGAGUGCAUGUUCCGUUUCCAGGCGUGGACGCCCUUCCGCCUUCGUACAUAACGUCUUCAUUCACUAUAAGCUCAUUCUGCUUGCUGAUAAGGGGUCUUCACGAUAGUGUAUGCUAUCGUCUUGCACUAGACAGUCUGUAUGGGGAGAUUCAGCCUAACCUAUGCUGUCACAUGGUGCACAAGGACAAGAUUGAGAUUGCUCUGUCAAAAGUCACUUCAGGGCCUUCUGAUGGACCUGACACGGAUAUCUUCACAUGGUUCAGCCUCAGAUUGUAACACCCAAGGUAGAAUUAUAGUUGUAUGAUUCAGCAUCUGAUGCAGAUUGUGUAUAGAUGUGCAAACGAUAGUUAAGUACGUUCCCCUUUUCCAAACCAUAAUGCUGCAUGAGUUGCAGUUGUAGCGUAGCAGUAGCCAGGUAGUGACAAAUGCCCCACAAUGUAGGAUUGGAUGAGAUGGCAUUCACAUCAAUGAUGGCUUUACAUCGGCACCCCAAAGAGCGGCAGGACGAACACCCGCCUCAACGCCAGCACCCCCAGAGGCCAAGAGCGGCGGCGGCAGCGGCGGCGACGGCGGCGGCGGCGGCGGCGGCGGAAGCGGCGGCGGCGGCGGCUGCGGCGGAGUCGGCGACGACGACAGUGGAGGCAGAGACACCGGGGAAGGGGGACGCGGCAAGGACGGGCCGGGGGUACCACCAGAGUCAGCAGACUCCUCAACGGGGACAACCGACGGGAGGGGAGUGAU